GCGGAGUGUCCCAAAGGCAGCAGAGAGACCUCCCUGUUCCUCGCGGUACGGCCUCCUGAGACGGCAAGUUUAAACCAGGAAGUUUUCCAGUAAUGGAUCCACUUUUGGAUCUGCUGAAUUCGUUUUCAAGGGCUCUUACUGCAGACGAACUUUCUGCUCUCAAGUUUCUGUGCCAGGACCGCAUUGGUAAAAAAAAGCUAGAGGCUGUGAAAAGUGGCCACGAGCUCUUUACCUAUCUCCUAGAACAGCAAAUAAUUACACAUAACGAUGUAGAAUUCUUAAGGCAGAUGCUAAGAACCCUGAAAAGAGAAGAUCUACUAACCCAGUUGGAACAGUUUGACGAAGGUGCAACCGGUGAUCCAGUUAAUCAGCUGGAUAUUCAAGAAAAACGUAAGCUGGACAGAGCUUUUGAAAUCAUAUGUGAACAUGUUGGAAGAAACUGGAAAAUGCUGAUGAGAAAACUUGGAAUUUCAGACACCCGAAUUGAUAGAAUCGUAGCUGCCAAUCCACUUAACUUGCAAGAACAAUUGAUGCAAUCACUUCUGGAAUGGCGUAGAUUAAAAGGGAAAGAAGCAAAGGUUUGCGACGUAAUAAAAACCCUCAAGGACUGCCGUAUGAAUCUAGUGGCGGAAUAUGUCGAAGAAGGUUUGCAAUCAGAAGUCUGAAACUCAGUAAUGUCAGUGAAACCCCUCCACUGAUGAGACAUUCAAUUAAACAUUUCCAUGAAAAGAGUCUGUUUAGUUGUCACAGAAAACCUGGGACUGCAAUAUACAACCAACCUAUACUAUUGCCUUUGCACAUUUGCUUGCUUUUAAGGCUGCUUCAGUGAUUUUCAAUUCUGUCCUUUGCCAUGAGAUUGAUUUACAGGGCAAUUUUAAAGUCUUGGCAAGCCAGGAACGAGCUUACACCAGCUAAACAUCAGGAUGACUUUGAGCUUUAUCACACCAGCAUUAUACUGUGCAAUCACUGCAAAUUGCGUGCAAAGGACUCCGAAGUUUUCCAGUUUAUAAUCUGCUUUUAUUGUGAAGUACUCCCAUGCAUCCUGUUUUAAUUGCACUUCUUAACCAAAAGAAGUGCAAUAUUUUGCUACUAGUUUUCGAGCAUAUAAUUUGUUGUUUUCCGAGUGGCCACUGGGGCACAGGAGCAGGAUUUGAAGAAAAAUUAAGCUUUAAAGAUAAAGACAUCAAAAUUGGCACAGUAAUAGAUAUUAAGGCGAGCUUUAAGCAUACCAAAUUUGAAUCAGAUUGGGUCAUCCAUUGAUUUUUAUGAUUUUUUUACAUUCCCCCCCCCCCCUUUAAACCCAUUUCCUGGUAUGCAAAGGAUCUAGCCGCCCGGUAGCAACAAUAACGGCGACAGCUUAGCGCUGUAGGGGAUAAUUCGAGGGAAACAGGUACGUGGGAUGAAGCUCUUUGUCAGGACCUGAUGAACUCCUAGCCCAAGCACUCCAGAAUACACACACACACACAGAGAAUAGCAAACCUGACAGACAUCACCCACCCACCCCCGCAGGCAUGUUAACACCCAGCAAUUAUGGAACAGUAUGCCAACAAAACCCUCCCUCACAUGGGUCAGGCAUGUAUGGAGCUCAUUUACAUAUGGCAACAGGAAGACAUCCACAUGAUAUCACCCUGCCCCACCGUACACAGCCUGCUGGACAGAGACUCUACAUUCCCUGUGCUGCAUGAGCCACUGAGCAGCCAUAGGAAUCCCUUUACACAGGUUCAUCUCCCCUUAUGCCACCCACAUACAGACUGCUAGUAAGCAUCCUUGUAACUGCAUAGCUUAAAGACGUACGGCAGACCACCCAAGUAGUUCCUUUAUUUCCUUUGAGAGAUUGCAAAGGUAAGACCCAUGACAGGCAACAAGGGAAGCCACAACUGCAUUCUCAGAUCAACCUCUUGGCAUGAAGCACCCCAAUUGGUAUAACAGGAGCCGCAAUAUCAAGCCAGACCAUGUAGAAUGGUAGGUCUCAGGUCCCCUGUUGUAUGCCUGGCCGGCAACAGUCCUGUCAAAAGGUGAAGGAGAAGGAACAGACAGGACUAGAACCUAUAUUGCACAUAAGAGGGCCACUGUGAACUUGGAUAUAGGUCAUUAAUCAUCCCUCACCCAUAAUACACCAGCACCACAUAGGCUAUGUAUGUAACUGGGAACCUUCUUAUGUCAAAGGUAGCCAGAUGCAUGGUAUUGACAUACCAAUUCAUAUUUGCUGCCACCAUCAAGCCAACCAGACACUUGAGACAAAGAUUGAGCCCAUUAUGGUUCUCCUGGCCUCCACUACUUUACUGGGGUUGGCCAGGCAUUCAUGCAACUGUGCCCAUUUCAGUAAUACUGCUUCUCUGGCAGUGAAAUCCCAUAGGUUCAAAAAGGUUGAGGACCCCUGGCUUGGCUUAUAUGCCUUUAAAAGGCGGCAAUUCAACAAGCGGGGCUUUUACUUUUGUGGCAUAUGUUUGCUGGGAAAAGCACCUGCUGAAUUUCGCCUUUGACACAUGUCUGUUAAAAGCAUAAGAAAUGCUAUUCUGGACCAGACCAAGGGUCCAUCUAGUACAGCACUCUGUUCACACAGUGGCCAACCAGCCAUCGGCCAGGGACCAACAAACCAGGACAUGGUACAACAGCACCCUCCCACCCAUGUUCACCAGCAACGUGCACACAGGCUUACUGCCUCAAAUUCUGGAGAUAGCACACAACCAUCAGGGCUAGUAGCCAUUGAUAGCCGUUGCCUCCAGGAAACUUGGCCACUUCACUGCUCAUUCCUAAUUGCAGAUCAUUUAUGAACAAAUUGAAAAGAAUUGGUCCCAAUACUGACCCCUGUGGGGACGCACUAUAUACUUCCCUCUAUCGGGAGAAUUGACUGUUUAUUCCUACUCUGUUUUCUGUUCUCUAACCAACUACUGAUCCAUAAGAGGACCUUGCCUCUUAUUCCAUGACUGCUAAAUUUGUUCAGGAGUCUUUGGUGGGAGACUUGUCAAAAACCUUUUGGAAGUCCAAGUAAAUGUCCACUGGUUCACCCCUGUCUACAUGUUUGUUGGCACUUAAAGAAUUCUAGUAGAUUAGUGAGACAGGACUUGCCUUUGCGGAAGCCAUGUUGAUUCUUCUUCAGCAGGACAUGCCCUUCUAUGUGCUUACAAAUUUUGUCUUUAAUAAUGCUUCCAACCAAUUUACCUGGAACAGAUGUCAAGCUAACCAGCCUGUAAUUUCCCAGAUCCCACCCUGGAUUGUAGCUGAAAAGAGUUUGAAAUCUUAAUAGUGAGGCAGGAAAGGACUUUGAAAAAUAAUCAAGGCCAAACUUCGAUCUUCACCAGAAUAAAGAAUCUCUCACAGACGCCUAUUUUAGAAACUACCGAUAACACGUCUCCAUAGCAUUUGCUAACUAUUUGUUGCCACUGUGUAUAGCAGUGGUCUUCAACUGGUGGGUCGCAACCCAGUGGGUCUUGAGAUCAAUCCAGAUGGGUCGCAGCAAAGCUGUUGCUGCCAUGUUGGGCAAUUGUGAAAUUGGGUCCCGUGUUGCAGGUGGGAAGUCCGAGGUGGGUCUCUGGUCUGGACCACUUGAAGACCACUGGUCUAUAGCUCUCAUAGUUAAAACGAUGGCUUCCUGUGUUAUACUCUGUAAGCUGUAUUAUGGUCUGUAUAAACUGUGAAGUAUUUUUCCCCCUUUAGUCUGCUUAGAGCAGCAUUUAUAUAAUUGGAGGCAAUUAACAUACCUGAACUCUUCCCUCAUGCUGCUCCCUCCUUUUCUCAAGGUUUUGUUCUCAAAGCAACGUUUUUGUUGUUAAUGGAGAACACAGGAAUCAAAUCCUUACAAGCAUCCUUUCUUGUUUCAUUGUUACAAAAGAUAAUGGCAAAGAUCACAGUUGUAUGAAAUUCCCCAGAAAAUACCAAUCUCUUCUACAUUCCCUAAGUAUUACAUUUUCUGCAUUACAUUUUCUACAUUAUUUUUCUCAAUAUUAAAAUACCUUAAAAUAUUAAAA